CGACGCAGUCAUACAGUAAAUCGGUCAAGGCAGCCAAACGCGCCCAAACGCGGCAGGCCUCGGCGGAGGAGGAGCCCGCCGCGGAGCCUCCAUACGACAUCUGAGGUUCUGAGCAGUGAGGCCGCUGGUCCCGCCGCAUCGUGACUGCCGGAGUGUUGGUCGGCGAGGCGGACCGGGGCAAGAGGCGUCGUGCGCGCCAGGUGUUCGGCGAGUUGCCCCAGCCAUGUUGAUGCAGCUCCGCGCGGUGCUGCGGUGCCGUCGGCUGCCGAUCCACUCCGCCGCUGCAACCUUUUUCACCAGCUCAGGAAGCGAGCCCCUGGCGCCUCCUCCUUUACCGGCGGAGUCCGCUGAUGGCUCGGAGCAGGAUGAGGGCUCCCUGGCGCAGCGGCUGGAGCGGGCGGCGUCGGUAUCCACGGCCAUCCGGGGGUGGAUGGCCGCCGGCCGCGCUGUGCACCGGGGCCAUGUCUUCCACGCCAUCAACCGCCUCCGGCGCCGGCGCCUCCACCGCACAGGCCUGCAGGUCAUGGAGUGGGUGAUCAGAGAGCGGCCCUACAAGCUGAGUGAACUUGAUUACUCGUAUCUCCUAGAGUUCACGGCUAAAGUUCAUGGCAUUGCUGAAGCUGAAAGUCUAUUCCUUCGCAUACCUCAAGAAUACCGGAACGAGCUGCUCUACAAUAACCUUGUAAUGGCUUGUUUGGAGUUGGGCUUGAUUAAGCUUUCGUACGGUUACAUGAGGAAGAUGAGGGAACUGUCGCUGCCGAUUUCGCCGUAUGUUUACAACCGCUUGAUCAUCCUCCAUUCCUCUGAGGGGCGUAGGAAGACUAUCUCCAAGAUCCUUGCUCAGAUGAAAGCCAGUAGAGUGACCCCCCACACGUCAACCUACAACAUCUUACUGAAAAUACAGGCCAAUGAGCACAACAUUGAUGGAGUGGCAAGGGUGUUCAGUGAUAUGAAAAGAGCAAAGAUUGAGCCAAAUGAGAUAACCUAUGGCAUUCUGGCAAUUUCACAUGCUGUAGCAAGGCUAUAUACGGUUUCCCAGACAUAUAUAGAAGCCAUCAAGAAUUCUAUGACAGGUACUAACUGGUCUACACAGGAAAUCCUUCUUAUUUUGUAUGGAUACCUUGGAAAGGAAAAGGAGUUAAAGAUGACGUGGAAUCUCAUGCAAGGCCUCCCUCAUAUCCGAUCCAAAAGCUUCACACUAGCAAUUGAAGCAUUCGGAAAGGUUGGCUCUGUUGAGCAGGCAGAAGCAAUAUGGGGAGAGAUUAAAUCAACAAGAAAGCUAAGGCUUACAGAACAGUUCAAUUCCAUGCUAUCAGUUUACUGCAGGCAUGGCCUUGUGGAUAAAGCAUCGGCCGUGUUCAAAGAAAUGAGAGCAAGUGGAUGUCAACCGAAUGCUAUUACGUAUCGCCACUUGGCAUUGGGAUGCUUGAAAGCAGGUCUUAUGAAACAAGCUUUGAACACAAUGGAUAUGGGAAAGAAAGAAGUCGUCACCAGGAAGGUGAGAAGUUCAACACCAUGGUUGGAGACCACACAUUUAUUGCUUGAAAACUUUGCAGAGAUUGGUGACUUGGAAAAUGCCAAGAGAGUUUUUGCAGAACUGAAUGAAUCGAAGUACUGUCGGAAUUCCUUUGUGUAUAAUACCCUUCUAAAAGCUUAUGUUAAGGCAAAAGUUUACGACCCAGAUUUUGUAAGGACAAUGAUUUUGAGGGGCGCAAUGCCCGACGCCGAGACACAUAGCCUUCUGAGACUGAUUGAACAGUACAAGACAUGAUAUUGUGGCUUUGAAGGAUCAGGAUGAAAAGGAAAACUUCAAUGUUUAGUUGAGCCAUUUCUUUAGAGCAUCAAUCAUCCAGUCUCUUUUUAUGGAGCACGUGAUACAUGACCAUCCCAGCAUGUACACACUUCAACUGAUAAAGUGCACCUUUCAUUUGGUAUCCCAAACAGUUUGUCCAAGGUCAAUUAUUGGCUGCAGCACUAGAAAAAAAUAAUUAUCCAGUGCAGCAAGCAUCAAGGCAUCAUCAUCCAAAACCAAAAUUAAACAUGCACCGAAAAUGAAACAUUAUGCCUAUAACCUGUGGCUGGCAAGGAACGGAGUCAAAGAACAUGGAAGACCCCAAAUCCAUAGCUUUGAAAACUGUGGCUGCCGUUGAAGAAUGGCGCAAUCUGCAGAAUCCUACAACGCCUGCUGGGGUACAACAAAAGGACCGACGGCUUCCUCCUGAUGAAAAUUAGACCGAGGUAAAUGUCGAUGGGCAUCUUCGCACCGCAGAUGGUAACGGAAGGGGAUGCGUGGUCAUUGGUGACCAUAAUGGAGCUUUAGUGAGCGGAGCAUGCCAUUUCCCCCACUCUGAUGAUGCUGGUUGAGGAAUUAAAAGCCCUUAUAUUGUGUAAUUCAUGGUUGGGUGUUGCAGCAAGCUAUUUAGUGAACCAACUUGUACUGAUUCGGUUCACGCAACAUAAGCAUUCCUGCUUGGUUAUAAGCUAGAGGAUCGCACGUCUGGAUA